CGCAGGGCGAGGUGGGCGCUCCGAGUGGACGCGCUUGUUCUGGCCUCGGGAAUCGCUAGUGGAUUGGCCCUCUGGUCCACCACACAGAGCUCCUGGUCAGGAUGGAUGAAGAGCUCCUGCCCAAUUCACAUGUGCUCAUCAGUGGCAAUAAAUCCAUUCUGAAAUCAGAACUCUUAUCUCUGCUAAAAACAUACAAUUGUUAUCAUGAAGGAAGAAGCUUUCAGCUCAGACAUCGAGAGGAAGAAGGCGAGCUGAUCAUCGAAGGGCUACUCAAUAUAUCCUGGGGACUGAGGAGACCCAUCCGGCUCCAGAUGCAGGAUGAUAAUGAGAGAAUCCACCUCUCUACCACCCCCUGGAAGAAAGACCUGCCAAGUAUAAACCAAAAAGGGCUUCACCAAGGUGCCAGGGAGACCAUCGAGGAGUCAAGCCCUCAUGCUACAGUGACCUCAGAGAACUCUGGCACUGACUCAACUGAUUCUAUAAAUGGUGAAGAGGAGACACCACAGCUCAUGAGGACAAAAAGUGAUGCAAGUUGUAUGAUUCAACGAAGAUCAAAAUGCCGCACCCUGGGAGAAGCUCAGAAGAUAAAACGACAUCGAUUCUCAAUCAAUGGGCAUUUCUAUAACCAUAAGACCUCAGUGUUUACUCCUGCCUAUGGCUCCGUGACCAACGUGAGAGUCAACAGCACGAUGACAACCGUCCAGGUGCUGACUCUGCUUCUCAACAAGUUCAGGGUGGAAAAUGGCCCCAGUGAGUUUGCACUCUAUGUAGUUCAUGAAUCGGGGGAACGGACAAAACUAAAAGACUGUGAAUAUCCACUGAUCUCAAGAAUCCUGCAUGGGCCAUGUGAGAAAAUCGCCAAAAUAUUUCUGAUGGAAACAGACUUGGGAGAAGAAGUUCCUUAUGAUGUCGCUCAGUACAUUAAGUUUGAAAUGCCGGUCCUGGACAGUUUUGUUGAAAAAUUAAAAGAAGAGGAAGAAAGAGAAAUAAUCAAACUGACUCUGAAGUUCCACACUCUCCGCCUGAUGAUGUUGCAGCGUCUGGAGCAGCUGACAGAGCCAGAAGAGCUGGCCUAGCAUCGAGGGUCCAGGAUGAUCAGAGAUAGUAACGCAGGAUGUGGAAAAGUCUACAAUGUGACCACCGGAGCUAAUCAGCUGUGUGCUUAGAUAUUCACCUUCUAAUUGCCACUUAAACCAACUCCCAGAGACAGUUGGGGGAUGGACACACUAUUUGUCUGUUUGGCACUAAUACCUUGUCUCUUGCUAUUAACCACAUCUCUGGAGUUAUUCCCUCAUCACUGUGGGAACCAGACCAGACCUUAGGGGAAAGGAAUCUUUUGAAUAAGAUUUAUAACAACUAAUAGAUUUUCUCACAAGUGGAAUUAUAUAGACUAACAGUGGAGUUGCUGCGAUAAUGUGGAACUUAGUAACCGAGGAUUUCCCAACACACCUCCCCACAGCCUCACCAUUCUGCACUCUUGCUCUCCUCCUUGGAAAUCGUUGCGGCCGUUGUCAAGAGCAUUGGUUUAGAAGGGAUAUUCUGGGCAGGUACCAAUAAAAAACUGCUUUCAGAAACUUUAAGUUUGGGCU